GGAGGAGGAGGAGGAGGGGAAGACGGAGGACGGGGGGGUGGCUCUUGUGGCUGUCGCGAGGCUCAGGCUGUGGAGGCGGCGGGCAGUUGUGCCCGGGCUCGCAGGACGGGUAGAAGGAAGAGGGCUCGGGGCUGGCAGGACCCGAGCUGGGGCCAGGCCGCCAUGGGCUCUCAGGUGCUGCAGAUCCUGCGCCAGGGUGUGUGGGCGGCUUUGAGCGGCGGCUGGUACCAAGACCCGCACCAGGGCUCCGGGGUCAACGCGUUGCACCUCUACCUGUGGCUCUUCCUGCUCGGCUUCCCUUUCACGUUGUACAUGGCUCUUCCUUCUUCCAUGGUGAUAGUAGCAAUUUACUGCCCAGUGAUAGCUGCUCUCUUCAUUGUCCUGAAGAUGAUAAACUACCGUCUUCACAGAGCUCUUGAUGAAGGUGAGAUUGUGGAGAGAAAUGCCAGUGAGCAAAUGGACAGGAGUGCAAAAGCAGAACAGAAUAACUCUUCUACCAAGAGAAGGGACAGUAAUGGACCCAGUGAUCCAGGCGGAGGGAUUGAGAUGUCAGAGUUUAUUAGAGAAGCCACACCUCCAGUAGGAUGCAGUUCCCGAAAUUCUUUUGCUGGCCUAGAUCUAAAUAACCAGAUUGGAUCAGGUUUAUCUCGUCAUGGAACUGUAGCUACCAUUAAAGGUGAUACAGAUACUGCAAAGACUUCUGAUGAUAUCAGUCUGAGUCUUGGCCAGAGUUCUAGUCUUUGUAAAGAAGGGAGCGAAGAGCAAGAUUUGGACAGCUGAUCGGAAGACUUUCAUCUGGUCUCCGUUGAUUCCUUUGUAUCCAUUCAGCCCUCAUUGUCAACUGCACAGGAGUUAUCAAGAGACAGUACUGAUAAAGUGUGCCUUCCUAAUCAGCAUAUAGAUCCUUCUGUGUCUAAUGCAUGUGAUACUGAAAUGGCUUCUCUUGUCCCUUUGCAUUCACACUCCUACAGGAAAGAUCAUAGGCCACGAGGUGUGCCAAGGACUUCCAGUUCAGCUGUUGCAUUUCCAGAUGUAUCACUAAAUGACUUUCCUCUCUAUCAGCAAAGGCGGGUGGAUACUGUCAGUGAAUUAGAAGCUUGCAAGCCUCGAACAGGAUCCAAAGAAUCAUUAGCUGAGAACUCAUGUCUCUCUGGUGUAUUUCAACUAGAUGAUAUUCUAAAAUGUAGCAGUCCACAGCUGCUAGUCAAAAGCAGCAGGAGUAAAUCUCUACAAGCAGAUAAAAGUGUUGAUAGCCUGAGAAGCCUGAGUACAAGAAGUAGUGGCUCAACAGAGAGCUAUUGUAGUGGGACUGACCGUGACACCAUCAGUACUGUCAGCAGCUAUAAAAGUGAGCAGACAAGUUCUACUCAUAUAGAAAGCAUGUUGUCAGACCAUGAGGUGUCACCUAAAGAAGAGAAAAAAAGGCAGCAAGAAAAAGACCAUGCUCUUGAUUCUGAGGACUGUCACAUUGCUACUAACAAAAGGACGAGCAAGGAAAGAACUAUAGUUGAAACUAAUACCAGCAGUUGCAUUCAAGUAGAAGAAUGCCUGAAUGCAUCAGAGGAGAUGCACAAUCAGAGGGCCCUUAGUACCUCUGCUUCAGAAGAAGCAAAUAAGAAUCCUCAUGCUAAUGAACUAACAACACAAGCAGAACAGUCUCCCGGAAACCCUACUGUGAAGAGAGAUGAACAUAAAGAGAAAUCUUCUGUGGUUGACUCAAGAACUUUUAAGGAAAUGGUAGAAAAGCAGAAGGAGGGGGAUGUGCGUCCUAAAUCCUGUAGCUUAAUCCAUCGGACAGCUUCAGCUCAAAAAUCCAGCAGGAGAAGGACAGGGAAAAAACGUGCGAGUAGUUUUGACACAAGUCGACACAAAGAGUAUAUUUCCUUCCGAGGGGUAUCUGCUACCAAGCCCCACAGUGCAGGUUUUUGCCACGAUGAAGACUCAAGUGAUCAAAGUGAUUUGAGCCGAACUUCAAGUAUGCAGUCAGCCCACCAGUUCAGCAGUGAUAGCUCUUCCAGCACAACUUCUCAUUCAUGCCAGUCUCCUGAAGGAAAAUUCAAUGCCCUAAAGACAAAAUAUAUUGCCAAAGAGAGAGGCACAGACUUGGAAAAUUCUUACAAAAUUCACUUGGGCACUGAUGCAAUUGUCAAAAAGCAUUCAACCCGACAGACUCAUAGUACACACGGUGCCAAGAGUCGUACCAGGGUAAGCUUGGAUAGUGGUGCAGUAGCCUGUUUGAAUGAUCCAAAUCUAAUGAUGCCAGAUACAAUAAAACAACUAACAACUUCUAAAUCUGACUUAGAGGAAGAGGGAGAGGUGCUUGAUGAGCUAUCUCUGUUGGGAAGGGCUUCACAACUAGAAUCAGUCACUCGCUCUAGAAAUAGCUUACCAAACCAGCCUAUGUUUACUGAAAGAGACGAUCAGGAGAAGGGAAGCCUUGCAGCACAAGCCAAUGAGGAAGCAGUCACAGUUCGGCGUGAACGCAGCACAUUUAGGCGUCAGGCAGUACGGCGCCGUCACAAUGCAGGGAGUAACCCUACCCCUCUUCAUUGCUCAUCGGCUCUCCCUCAGGUAUGCCUUCAAGAUGUUCAACAAGGGCAGCAGUCCAGCCAAGUCAAAGUCCAGUCACGCCCCCAGUCCCAGGCAGCAGUGCUCAGCGCUAGCACCUCCUUGCUGGUGAGAAAUGGGAGUGUCCAGUUAGAAGCAACACAUGACAAUGCAUCUGCUGUCGGCAGCAGCAGUUUGCACAAUGAACUUGGUAAGUUCAGUUCCACACUCUAUGAGACGGGGGGCUGCGAUAUGUCGCUUGUGAAUUUUGAGCCAGCUGCAAGAAGAACAUCUAACAUCUGUGAUACGGAUUCUCAUGUAUCAAGUUCUACCUCAGUUCGUUUUUACCCACAUGAUUUACUUUCCCUCCCUCAGAUCAGACUGAACAGACUGUUGACCAUAGAUACCGAUCUUCUGGAGCAUCAAGACAUGGACCUAAGUCCUGAUCUGCAGGACCAUUUACAACCACAAGAGGAGCCAUCACAAAAAGUGAAACACUAUUAUCGCUUUUGGAUCUUACCCAAAGUCUGGAUUGGUAUCAAUUUUGAUAGAUUGACUCUUUUGGCUUUGUUUGACAGGAAUCGUGAGAUCUUGGAAAAUGUACUAGCUGUCAUUCUAGCUAUCCAGGUGGCUUUCCUAGGUUCUGUACUCCUUAUAGAAGGCUUCUUCAAGGACAUAUGGGUCUUCCUUUGUUUGGUGAUUGCCAGCUGCCAGUACUCUUUGCUGAAGAGUGUUCAGCCAGAUUCUUCAUCACCUCGACAUGGUCAUAACCGAAUCAUCGCCUACAGCAGGCCUGUUUACUUCUGUAUAUGCUGCAGUCUCAUUUGGCUAUUGGAUUAUGGCAGCAAGAGCACUUUUACUGCACGGUUCCAACUAUAUGGAAUGGCUUUCACGAAUCCAAUAUUGCUGCUUUCAGCAAGGGACUUGAUAAUGGUGUUUAUACUAUGCUUCCCUAUAGUAUUCUUCAUUGGUCUGCUGCCUCAGGUGAACACAUUUGUGAUGUACCUCUGUGAACAAUUAGAUAUUCAUGUCUUUGGUGGCAACGCCACGACAAGCCUCCUUGCAGCACUCUACAGUUUUAUUUGUAGUAUUGUGGCCGUAGCGUUAUUAUAUGGAUUGUGUUAUGGGGCCCUAAAGGAUUCUUGGGAUGGUCAACAUAUUCCAGUGCUUUUUUCAGUAUUCUGUGGUACAUUAGUGGCAAUUUCCUAUCAUCUCAGCCGACAAAGUAGUGAUCCUUCUGUCCUUUUCUCUUUAGUGCAAUCAAAGCUUUUUCCUACUUCAGAAGAUAAAAACCCAGAAGAUCCAUUAUCUGAAGUCAAAGAUCCCUUACCUGAAAAGCUUAGAAACUCAGUGAAUGAACGUUUGCAGUCUGAUCUUGUUGUUUGUCUAGUAAUUGGUGUACUUUAUUUUGCAAUCCAUGUCAGCACAGGUUUCACCAGUAUUGCAGUAAAGCAUUUAAAGGGAAAAUACAGAAUUCUACUGCCAUUUUUCUUCAGUUGGUACCAUAUUCCCCCUGUUUUAAGUUACGUUUUGUAUGCAUUGGUGGGAUUAAUAGGAUUUAUGACCCAUUAUGUGCUGCCUCAGCUCCGAAAACAGCUCCCAUGGCACUGUUUUUCUCAUCCAUUGCUGAAAACCAAGGAAUACUAUCAAUUUGAAGUCCGCAAUGCCGCACAUGUUAUGUGGUUUGAGAAAGCUCAUAUAUGGCUUCUUUUUGUGGAGAAAAAUAUAAUCUAUCCCUUGGUAGUCCUCAAUGAACUCAGCAGCAGUGCAAAGGCUAUUGCUAGUCCAAAGAGAUUAGAUACAGAACUUGGUGCUUUAAUGAUUACUAUAGCUGGUAUGAAGUUGCUGCGCUCAUCUUUUAGCAAUCCAACCUACCAGUAUGUCACUAUCAUUUUUACAGUGCUUUUCUUUACGUUUGAUUACAAUCGAUUCUCUGAGACCAUGCUGCUAGACUUGUUCUUCAUGUCCAUACUCUUCAGCAAGGUGAGCAUGUCAUCUUGGGAACUUUUUUACAAACUAAGAUUUGUGUACACUUACAUUGCUCCUUGGCAAAUCACAUGGGGAUCUGCUUUCCAUGCUUUCGCCCAACCAUUUGCUGUGCCCCAUUCUGCAAUGCUGUUUGUCCAGGCAAUCGUGUCUGCCUUUUUUUCUACCCCUUUGAACCCCUUUGGAAGUGCAAUAUUUAUCACUUCUUAUGUCAGACCCGUCAAGUUCUGGGAGAGAGACUACAACACGAAACGGGACCACUCAAAUACAAGACUGGCUUCUCAGCUUGACAGAAAACCAGGUUCUGAUGACAAUAACUUGAAUUCAAUCUUCUAUGAACAUUUAACUCGCUCCCUUCAGCACAGCCUAUGUGGAGACUUACUCUUGGGGCGAUGGGGAAACUACAGUACUGGAGAUUGCUUUAUUCUUGCUUCCGACUACCUCAAUGCACUUGUACACCUUAUAGAGAUUGGCAAUGGCUUAGUCACCUUCCAGCUGAGAGGGCUUGAAUUCAGAGGAACUUAUUGUCAGCAACGAGAAGUAGAAGCUAUCACUGAAGGGGUUGAAGAAGAUGAAGGGUUUUGUUGCUGUGAACCUGGUCAUUUCCCUCAUGUGUUGUCUUUUAAUGCUGCCUUUGGCCAGCGUUGGCUCGCUUGGGAAGUUUUAGUCACAAAGUAUGUCUUGGAGGGUUACAGCAUAACUGACAACAGCGCUGCUUCCAUGCUUCAGGUCUUUGAUCUAAGGAAAAUACUCACCACAUACUAUGUCAAGGGUAUCAUCUAUUAUGUAAUAUCCUCUCCCAAGCUAGAGGAAUGGUUAUCAAAUGAAACAAUGCAGGAAGGAUUGCAGCAAUGUGCAGAUCAAAAUUACGUAGAUGUAGACCCUACAUUUAAUCCUAAUAUUGAUGAGGAUUAUGAUCAUCGGCUAGCAGGGGUUUCAAGAGAGAGUUUUUGUAUAAUUUAUCUCAACUGGGUAGAAUAUUGCUGCUCUCAGAGAGAAAAACCACUCAAUGCAGAUAAGGAUUCUUCUCUGGUUACCCUUUGCUACGGACUGUCUGUUCUUGGUCGGAGAGCUCUGGGAACUGCUUCACAUCAUAUGGCUAGUAAUCUGGAAUCUUUCCUGUAUGGGCUCCAUGCCUUGUUUAAAGGAGACUUUCGUAUAUCAUCAAUUCGAGAUGAAUGGAUUUUUGCAGACAUGGAAUUACUGAGAAAAGUGGUGGUCCCUGGAAUACGCAUGUCACUAAAACUGCAUCAGGAUCAUUUCACCUCUCCUGAUGAAUACGAUGAUCCUGCUGUUCUCUAUGAAGCUAUCACAACGCAUGAACAAAACCUGGUUAUAGCUCAUGAGGGGGACCCAGCUUGGCGAAGUGCUGUACUUUCCAAUUCUCCCUCCCUACUUGCCCUUCGCCAUGUGAUGGAUGAUGGCACCAACGAAUACAAGAUCAUCAUGCUGAACAAGCGCUAUCUAAUCUUCAGAGUCAUUAAAGUAAAUAAGGAAUGUGUCCGUGGCCUUUGGGCUGGGCAGCAGCAGGAAUUGGUCUUCUUACGCAAUCGAAACCCAGAAAGAGGAAGCAUCCAAAAUGCCAAGCAAGCUUUGAGGAACAUGAUCAACUCAUCUUGUGAUCAGCCUAUUGGAUACCCAAUUUAUGUCUCACCUCUGACAACUUCAUAUUCUGAUAGUCAUGAACAGCUAAGAGAGAUUCUUGGUGGUGCCAUCAGUCUGGGAAACAUCAAGAACUUCAUAGUAUCUACUUGGCACAGGUUAAGAAAAGGUUGUGGUGCUGGUUGCAACAGUGGAGGAAACAUUGAAGACUCGGAUGCUGGAGGUGGUGCUUCCUGCACAAGUAAUAGUGCAACUGUCAAUGAUUCUCAGAGCAGCGUAUCUCAAGGAGGUGGAAAUGUAACUGUUGGACAGGGAUCUGGAGUAGGAUUGCAACCCCCUGUCUCCUCUCAUCCAGUCACCCUAGGCACCAGCCAGAGUGCUCAUUCUGUGCAAUCAAGCCUUAUCAGACAUUCCCCUGCUCGUGCUUCAGCCAGCCAGUCAACUUACUGCUACAGCAGUCGUCAUUCAUCCCUCCGGACAUCCACCACAGGCUUUGUGCCUUGCCGACGGUCUUCCACCAGCCAGCUUUCCCUUCGCAAUCUUCCAUCGUCCAUACAGUCCCGUCUUUCCAUGGUGAACCAAAUGGAACCCACUAACCAGACUGGUGUUGCCAAUAUGCAGAAUGGCCUCCCUUCUUCAAGCAGUUCCAGUCAGAGCAUCCCAGUCUGCAAACAACAUGCCCUUGUUGGCUUUUUAGGGAACGAUGGAAUGUCGAACGUCACUGAUUCACAGGCAGGCACAAAUGUGAGCCCUGUGAACCAGACACGAACCAAAAGGGAUGAUGUUGUUUACAGAAUUCAGAUAAUAGAUCCUAGCCAGGUUUUGGAAGGGAUCAACUUAUCCAAAAGAAAAGAACUGCAGUGGCCAGAUGAAAUGAUAAGACUAAGGGCUGGAAGAAACAGCUGGAAAGACUGGAAUCCUCAGGAAGGCAUGGAAGGCCAUGUGAUUCACCGUUGGGUGCCUUGCAGCAGAGAUCCAGGGCAUAGGUCCCAUAUAGACAAAACCAUCUUGCUCGUCCAAAUUGAAGACAAAUAUGUUGCGGUGAUUGAAACCGGAGUCCUGGAACUUGGGGCUGAAGUGUGACCAUCUUGGACAAUUAAUGCCUAGUCCAUCUCCACAAUGUUUAGAAAUGAAGUAAGGAGUCUCAGAAGGCUACCCUAACAGCUCAAGUAAUAGGAAGAGACUUGAAAACAAAGUUAAGGGUAGGAUGUCAGUCCCCAAAAGAAUUAAGGGGGUGCUUUUGAUAUUUUUCAAGUUAGCUACUGAAGAAAAUAUUGUGCAUGAAGGGUAAAAAGGAUAUAUCUUUGCUUUAUACAUUAUUUUAUCCAUUGCAAUGCUUUAAAACAACCCCACAUUUUCCAAGUUUCAAAACAGGAGCAUCUCAAUUUUUUCUAAUUGUCUUGCCAAAAAUAUUUUGUCUCAUUAAUGUAGAUUCAGUUCAUUUUUUUAAAGCAGCUGAAAAUGGUAUAAAUGUUGAGGUCAGUGUGAAGCUGAAUAGAAUGUCUCAUUAACUGCAAGUAUACUAGAUUUUCUUCUAAGUGGGAAAAAAGAUCAUUGAGAAAACUGCACUAUUUUUUUAUGGCAAUGCACUACAAAAAUCUGAGAUUGCUCAGAACAUUUAUUGAUAUAUAUAUAUAUAUAUAUAUAAGAAAAUACCGUUAUUUAAAUUGCCUUUGGGAUUAUCCACCUCCUCCAUCAUAUUCAUAUGAUGGUAGGAAAGACCAUUGGUUCAUUUUUGGCUAAAAAAUUUCCCAACAACUUAUUUAUUCUGUCCUAUUUACAAUAUAUGGUAGAUUAACCAGUAAUUACAGAAGAAAACUCCAGGGAAGCCUAACUCAUGGUAAAAACCAAUUGAUAGCAUAAAUUUUAUCUUUUUAUAUAAUGGGCUCAAUCAUACAAUUGUGCAUUUUCUUCUUCUUUUGUUACUUUCUAAUAUGGAGUCAACAAAAAUAUGUUACUGGGCUCCUUUGAAAAAAAUGUUUGCUUUUGUUUUCAUGGAAAACUGGAUGAGAUACAUUGUUUUAAAUAAGGUUGUGACUUUAUCUCUAUUCUGGGACUUAUUCCUUUAUUAAGCAAAAUAGUUUACUUUUUUAAAAAAAUUAAAGGAUAAAAAUCAGAAGGCAUGUUGUAUCAUAUUAUCUGUAUCAUUUUGCGUUUUAGCUCCCUUUAGUUGCUAUUAUGUUCUGUGACUUGAAUUCAUUUUCAAUAAUUAUAUAUAUUCUAUAAUAAUUGUACUUUGCAUAUAACUGUGAAAUUGAUUUAUGUUGCAUAUCAUCGAUUUUUACUGAUUGGAAUUUUUAGUGUGUGUUUUCAGGGAAACAAGUUAUUCAAACAGCAACAGAGUAAGGGGACAAAGUUGCAAUUUUUAUCUUGCUAUUUCUAUGACUUGCUCACAAUGUUAAUGGAAAGUUUUAUAUGUAGUGAUUGUUUUUUUCAGUGAUCUGAAACUUUGGGCUCAAUGGGAAACAAAACAAUUUGCAGUUUUAGCUUUUAGAAGCAGCCAUCUUUUACUUUUGAACUAUUCCUAUGUUAAUUAUGCAUGGGUGAUCUUACAAACAAGAAGUUGCAGUGAAACAUAACCAUCGUACACUUAAUGAACUCAAACUCAAAUAAUCUCAUAACAAUCUGACACCAUAAAAAACAGCCUUUAUGGCUUGCUGAGUAUAUUAAAAUAAAAUCCAAAUGCCAUUCUUACUGCAUUACAGUCUUGACAAUAUUUUGCAAAGCUAUUCACUGCUGCAGAUAACUUGCUAGAAUCUGAAAAUCACAACAUUUGUCCCAGGGAGCAGCAUUAACAAUAAAAUAUAGAAAAAAGCUUCCAAAAGAUUUUGCUGUUCUGGUAAAAUAUACAUCACCUGCUAAUGUCUGAAUGCCCACACAUAUUUUCAUCAUUUUAUGAACAAGAGAAAAAUUAUUUUCUGAGUUUUGGUCAGCCAUCUUACUUCACAUUUUAAUUGACAAUUAAAUAUUCAUUUAUCUUUUUGACCUUCCCAAAAUAGAAAGAAAAUGCAAUCUACCUUUCAAAAAGAUUAAUCAGUCAUUUUGAAUAUAUGAAAUUCAUUGACAAAGAGAGUGCUUUUGAAGGUUAACUUGAAUGAGGCAAUGAACACUGUAAUAUGGAAAAUUGGAUUUUUCUGAUAAGAUUUUUCUUUCCUUUUUUUAAUUAUUAAUAGAACAGAAAUGGCACUCUGUGACAUAGGAUACUCCCACACUACUGAUUAUAUUUGAAACUAAACAGGUAUCUUGAAAGAGAGGAUAAUUUCAAGACUUCUAAUAUAUCUAGAUACAUUUAGAAUGUGAUAAAUUUAGUUUAAAUAAUUGAAAACAAAUUAUUUGAUUAGUACAAUCUCAAUCACACUUUUGAUACAUAUAAAUCUCAUCUAAUUAGCAUUUGUGAAAAUUAUAUCUAGUUUUAUUUGCAGAUUUUUAAGAUGUUCAUCUCCCAAUAAUUUGGUGGAUUAUCCUUUAUGUAGGAUUAACAAGUAUUUAUGAAACUUUUUUCUUUGCUUGUUGUGGUAUAUGAACUUGGAAGCCAAAUUAAUUGUUUUGCAGUUUUUCAUAUGUGGACUCGGUGGCUUUCUUCAUUUAAUUUCUCCGAACAGUUAUGACAAGCAUUCUGAAAACUUUACAAUAUUGUUUUUUUGCAUUUGAUACUAAGUCUUGUACAAAACUAGUAAUCCACUAAAUUAAUUUCUAGAUUAAGCUAUAAUAUUUAUGUAGAAAAAGUUUAUGAAAGUUCAUUUGCCUACUAUCAAUGUUUAUAAAAAUAUGCAUAAUAAACUGAUAAUCCAACUAGGCAUUAAUUUAAUGUAAAAUCACAGACAUAUAUACUUAGCUUCCCAGUUAAUAUUUUGGGAAAUGAAACGAGAAAUUUAUUUUACCUCGUGAAAUGCUUUAAUUUUCAUAAAGAACAAAAUCUUAUUAUUGCUCAAUAUUGAGGUAAUAUUCUGUAGAUGUUCUUGUAACCUAGGAAAUAGAUAUGGAGGGAAGAAAAUGUUUUGAAAAAUUAUAUCUUUUACAAGGUGUUUUUUUUUUAUUUGUUGCUUUUUCUACUCAUGCUUGCUGCUGUUGGAGAAUGACUAGUUGCAUAGUUGCAAUGUUAUGUGAAAUAUUGAAUAGAUGGUACGGAGUGUUAUGGAAGAGGCCUUUGAAAUCUUAGAUUUGGGGGCACAUUUUACCCAAACUGACAUUGAAAUGCCUUCUUAACAGAUGGGAUGAAGCAGUGAUGCCAGCCCUUCAGUUCUAUAUAUUUUAAGUGGUAAUAACUCUACCAAUGGACUAGUGCAUUUGAAAGAGCUUUUCAGAGCAUACCUAAAUAUUUCAUAUUAGCUGUAGGUUCAACCACCAUGGUUUUAUAUACCUAGUUUUAUUAAGAGAGAUUUUUCUUACCUAUUAUAUAGGUUCUACUUGUCUGGUCCUACUUGGUGAUUGGAAAACUGAUGCCAUUAGCCCUGCAAUGCUAGACAGUAUAAGAAUUAUAGCAGUAUUUAAUGUGUGCCUUAGUAAAAUGGUGGUGAGUACAUAAGACCUUGGUGGGAGCUACUGCCCAUAUCUAAUUGUCCCCAAAUUUUUUAAAAGAUGGCUGCUCUAAAAGGCUUCAUAGAUUUCUAUACACCGUUCAUCAGCAAACAUGUUUGAAAAUACCAUUUAGAUAUUUAUACUAACUUUACAGAUGACCCAAAUGGAUGACAAAAGUCACAACGGUUAAAAGUCAGACUUGUUACUCCUUUAUGAACUCAGCCAGAUAAUGAACUGCUUAUUAUUACCUUAAAUGAUGGGUGAGGGCAAAGAUAAAAUGAGUUGGAAAAUGGAAUAUGUGCUUUGCAUUUACCAGCAUAUGGAGAACUUGCCAGGGAUAGGGUUAUGUGUACUUUGUAUGUGUCGGUGAGAGUAUGAGCGCGUGGGUGUGUGUAUGUUUUUUUGAAACAGCCUGUAAAUAUUGUCGCUGUUUAAAACUGGGAAAAGUUGACAGGAUUUGUUUGUAACAUGUUGCUUUGAAAAGACAGUAUUGACAGUGAAGAAACAAUGAAAUUAAAAAAAAAAUCUUCUUGUCCCUUGUUUUA